ACAAUAACUGCGGAGACUCUGGUGGGACGGCUGAGCUUGUUGUCCUCAGUGAGGAUUAUUCAGUCCAGGAUUUUAAAAGGUGUUUGGUCACACUAGUUGUGAACCUUCCCUGGGUUGUACUACUUUUUCCUUUGGUGUUGGUCUCUGGGAGCCAAACUCCACGGAAAACUUUUUUUCUUUCUUUCUUUCUUUGCGUCCAGGAGUGUCAUCUUUGUGCUUCUGACAUGUUGUUCAGCUGCUCUGUUGCUGUGUUCAUCUUAUUCCUCACAGCUGGCUCUGGGACCACGGUGUAUGACAGCUACAAUGAGUUUGUAGAGGAAGAUGACACUCCUCAGCUGGACUACAAAAACCCUUACUGGUGUCACUCUCCGGGUCUGACUAAUGGCGAGGUGACCUGCCGCUCCCCUCGAGGUGGGGCCCACAGGAGCACCUUGGGCACCCGCUGUGAGAUGAGAUGCGAUCGAGGAUACCGGCUGAUGGGAAGGAGCUCGAUCCAGUGCCUCCCCAACCGCCGCUGGUCUGGGACUGCUUACUGCCGCAGGAUGCGUUGCCAUGUGCUGCCCAUUAUUUCUCACGGCAGAUACAGCUGCACUCAAGGCUUCGUGGUGGACUCCAGGUGUGACUUCACAUGUGCUCCUGGCUAUCGCAUUGAGGGGGAGCACUCACGCACCUGCCAGCACGGGGGCUCGUGGAGCGGAGUGCAGCCGGAGUGUUCAGAUACUGAUCCGCCAAAGAUCAAGUGUCCUCCGUCCAGACUCAAGGUCGCCGAGCCUGGAAAGCUCACUGCCAGGGUCACCUGGGACCCUCCGGCUGCCACCGAUACCGCUGACAAAUCACUCGAUGUGAUAUUAGUGGGCCAGCAGCCAGACACAGACUUUAAAGAGGGAGCAAACAUUAUCCGAUAUAAAGUGUACGAUCAAGCCAGGAACAGAGCCGCCUGCAAGUUUAUUGUACGUGUCGAGGUGAGAAGAUGUCCAGUACUACCUCCACCUAUGUAUGGGUACCUCAGCUGCUCCUCGGAUGGGAACAACUAUGGCGCAACAUGUGAAUACCACUGUGAUGGAGGAUAUGAACUAAAGGGGGUGUCUAGUCGUGUCUGCCAGUUCAACCGCAACUGGGGCGGAUCCCCUGCUGAGUGUGUUCCAAUGGAGAUUAAAUCCGAUGUAAAGACGGUCUCUGCUCUUCUGGAUCAGUUCUAUGAAAAGAGGAGGCUGCUGAUCAUGUCUGCACCCAACAUAUCUGACCCAGACUACCAGCUGCAGAACGUCAUGAUCCAAAAAUCAGACUGUGGACUAGACCUGCGACACGUAACGGUCAUCGAGCUCCUGGGCUCCCCGCCUCGCGAGACGGGCCGCAUUAAAGAACGUCUGCUUCAGUUUGAAGUCAUCGAGGGCUUGAGGCAGGCAUUCAGAAUCUCCAGGUACUACUUCAGCAUGGUGCUGCUGGAUGACCUUGGACUGGACCGAGAGCGAUUCAUUACCCCGAUAGCUUCGGAUGAGCUGUUCUCCUACAUAGACAGCUUCAUGCUGGAUGAAGAGGAACGAGAGCGGCUGGAGCUUCACAGAGAUUUCUGUGACUAAUUCAAUAAACCUCUCUGGUUGCCACAGCAAUAAACUCAUCAGUAUUACUAACACAAGAUAAGGAAGGACAAACAACCAGAAACCAGGUCCACAGGAACAUGUGAGGGGAAAAGAUGAAGAGACGGCAGUUCCUCCUGUUCAAAUGUGAUCACUAUACAACACUGAAGUGCUGGCACUGUUUGCUCUGUAUCAGAUCAUCAGCCAAGGGGCUCGGAGGACAGGAAAUGGUUGCUACAGAAAAUAGAACCUAUUAGAUUGGGGAAUAACACACGCAGUAUUAAAUAUAUACGCAUACAGAGUGAAGCAUGAAUACAAAACACUUGGUUGGAUGCAA